AUGGUUAGAUACACUAUUGAGGAAUUAUUACAACUAAAACCAAGUGAAGCCUUGACUCCAAACUUCGAUGCGGUUGAGUUCAGAGCUAUGAUUGAAAAAGUUAAGCACUUACAAGCUUUGAAGGAAGAAGAAUUCGGUCAUUUUGGUCACUUCAACCGCAGAAGAUCAUCACAUCACCAUGGCAAGCCAAAGGUUAAACACACCAAACCUAAGGUAACUAUUGAUUCUGAUGGUUGGUCUACUUUUGAAGCUAAUAAGAAGGGAAGCGGUGAUGAAGAAGAACAAGAAAAGCCUGCCCGUGAAAGUGCUCCACAACCAACAAUUGCCCAAGAAACUAUAAAAGUCAAACCAAACAACAAAAACAUUUCUUCUACCAAACCAGCAGAUGCUAAAGAUAUUGUAGCUGAUAAGCCAAUUCAAUCUUUCAACGCAUUUGCAGCUCUUGAAAGUGAAGAGGAAGAUGAUGAGUGA